GGCAAUACAAGACAAAAUACUUAAACGUAAAAUAAUCUGAAUAUCUAGCUCUAGUUCUGCGUAAAUUAUCUUCGAAUCCAUGUACACACUGAUAAAUAGGUUAGGUAUUAAAGUUCAACAAGGUCGGAUGUUUGCGUGAAAAAAUAUCAGCUGUUGACGACUUGAAUGUAAAGCUCGCAGUUUAUUGUGUGAUGGAUAUUUUAACACUAUUUUUUAGUAAUGUCUUGAAUGCUGUUAUCUGACUUAUUAAGUUCAAAGUUGAAUCAUGGGUAAAGCAGUGCGACUCCUUCUACUACUGCUAUUAGGCACACUAUCAUCUGUCCUUGCGAAUAGGUCAAAGUUCAAAGGUGCUGUUUACGGCCAUGCAGUUCUCUUACCAAAGGACAGCCUCAAAGUCAUCUCGCGAGCCGAAGCGUUGGACAACAUGAAUAAAAAUCUGGACGUCUAUCGUGAGCAGGUCACCAAGGCCAAAUCCCAAGGUGCUGAAAUCAUUGUAUUUCCAGAGGAUGGACUCUACGGAUUUAAAUUCACUCGUCAAUCGAUUUAUCCUUAUCUUGAAUACAUCCCUGACCCCAGAACUGAACUCUGGUCGCCUUGCGAUGAGCCGGGUCGCUACAACGACACUGAGGUUCAGAGGUCGCUAAGCUGCUUGGCAAAGACAAACUCAUUAUACCUGGUAGCCAAUAUGGGUGACAAGCAGCCGUGUGACGCCGCAACUGACCGCACAUGUCCUCCGGAUGGGAGGUAUCAAUACAACACCAAUGUUGUGUACGGCCCUGACGGCACGCUCCUGGCCAGAUAUCAUAAGUAUAACCUGUUCUACGAGCUCCAAUUCAACGCUCCGGAGCUGGAGCUGUCUUACUUCGACACCCCAUUCGGUCGCUUCGGGCUGAUGAUAUGCUUUGAUGUCCUCUUCCACGAUCCUGGAUUACCUCUGAUCUUGAGUCUGAAUAUAUCCAAUAUUAUUUUCACGUCUGCUUGGAUGGAUGCUCUCCCUUUGUUGUCGGCGCUAGGCUACCACUCUUCGUUUGCUCGCGGCUUGGGCGUAAAUAUGCUGGGCGCCAACAUCCACAUUCCUGAUUACCGGUUUCAUGGCAGUGGCAUAUACGGACCAGAUGGGACCAUCAUUUCUUUUUACGGCUCCACAAAUGCAUCUAAACCUAAACUAUUGGUGGCAGACGUAAACGUGUUAGACGUCACCCAACCCAACAAAAUUGUGUCCUCAAUCGUUCAACUAAAUUGGAAACAAGCUAGAAUGAAGGAAGCAGACAUGAAGCGCGUGACAAAAGACACCACCAAGAAUUCGAAAAAGACGUUUGAAUCUCUUUUGUUCUAUGACAUGUUUACGUUUGCAGCUUUAGACAAGCCGUCUGGACAUAUCAAAGUCAACCAGAAACACGUUCAUUGUGAGUUACGGUACUCUAUCCCAGAAGAGCUCUUUGGGCGUGAGCUGUAUGCCUUUGGUGCAUUUGACGGGCUACACACGUAUGAAGGCCAGUACUACUUUCAAAUCUGCGCCUUGGUCAAAUGUGCCGACGCCCGCAAUAGAUCCACGUGCGGGUCAGUGACCUUUGAUGCAAUCACUCCCUUCGUUCGGUUAUCUAUAUCAGGAGAGAUGCAGACCCCUUUCGUGUAUCCACAAAUAAUUUUGUCUAACGGUAUCGGGGAACUCAGUUUGGCAGAACCAGAUUCGUGGACAUUUACCGGCAAAUCGUUAAAAACUGUUCAAGAGUUUUAUAAGCCCGUUUUGUCAGCAGCACUGUUCGGAAGAGACUAUUUGCGAGACACAGAUGGACAAGACAAGGGGAAUAACCUGUACAAAUCGCAAGAAGACGCAACAGACAAAGAUAAAAGUGAAAUAUACUUAGGCCUCGUCUCGGGACAGAAUAUUUUUAUUUUCCUUCUUGGAUUUGUCUGUCUUUUGUUGCUUGUGAACAUGGCUAUAUUUUAAAUAGAUGAUGACUUAUUGAUCCAAUAAAAUCUCCUUUGAUAUAUU